AUGUUAGUCACUCGUACCAUAAUUGGCAACUAUCUUUAUGUACACGGCGGCCUUCCUGAGUCCAGUGAAAGGACGAAAAAGUCUUUGAAUGGACUUUAUCGCAUUCAAAUACACCCCUUUGUUGGAACGUGGACAGACCUGACAACCUGCGACUCCCCUGCACUCAGCCAACAUCAGUGUAUCAACUGGAAGGACCAGCUGAUCGUUUUUAUAGGCGGUUGGACAGGACGAACACGCAUUCCUGGCCUACACUUCUUCAGUCCCGAAAGCGGACGGUGGCUGCCACCAGCCCUGAAGGAACCCGAAUUGAGAGGCUACCCCUCAGGCGCUGGUUUGUCGGCUCACACAGUGAUCCCCUUCGAGUCGGAGGCCAAAUCAAACUCCCUCUCCGCCCUAAUCUUUGGUCGCGAGGGAUCCACCCGAAUCCAACGCCGUCGUGGAAACGCCUACCUUUUACAAGGUAACCCUAAAACCAGUUCUGUUUCCUCAUCAUAA